AUGGGCGAAUUGGAAGAAUUGGAGUUGCACUACACUGCGGUUGUGGGCAAACAACGAGGAAUCCAUUACGAUGAACUACCGGAGACGCCAGAACCUGCCCGAUCGCUCCGUGAUCUACUGCCGCCGAAUCUGGUCGAGUUAAGACUAAAGUAUGAUAGAUCGGCUAUGAACGCCAAUGUCGGCUACACCGCGGAGCUACGGGAACUUGUUCAAGACGAUCUAAACUUCCCCCGAAAGCUCAAAAAGGUGAGCGUUCAAUACGUUCAUGACGGUGUGCAGUUCAAAUUCCCCUUUUCGCUCCACAGCCUUCAGGCAUACUUCAAGGCACAUGGUGUCGACUUUCACUAUAUUGUCAAGUGCGAGAUAGACAAUGAACAUGAACUGGACUACUUAGUGACGACUCUGGCUACCAUGGGCUACGAAGGCGCUUAUAUGUGUAAAUGGUUCAUAACAGAUGACAACUUUUGGAUGACACCCGAAGAACUGUACGACAGGGUAAUGGAAGAGAUUAGAGCAGCUGAGAAACGUCACAAGGUGGAUUAG